AUGAAAAUAGAGAAGUUGCGUUCGAUCCGAGAGGGACAUUAUAGAGUUAUUUCGAAUCAGUUAGCAAAAAUCGAAGCGGCGAAGGAGAAUGCGAAUUGGAUAGAAUUCAACACGAUUAUCGUUGCGACAUCGCAGACGCUAGAAGUAAUUAACUCACUUAAUGAGAAGAUUCUAGAAGCUACAGAAGUGGCGGAGAUCGAAGAUGAAAUUGUGAACGCAGAGGAGUUUUGUUUGGGUAUUGAAGUCAAACUACGAUAUUUCGAGGACUUCAGCAAAAAUUCGACCAGCGGAGAAGACGAGCAGACGACCCAAAGCCCAGACGACAAUGGAAACAACGCGAACAGGCCAACAGAAUUAGAGGUAAAUCAAGCUGCAAGCCAAAAUGUGAGUAGGUCUUUUUCAAAUGCUUCACUUUAUCAGAGACUUCCAAAAUUAUCACUUCCGGUUUUCAGUGGUUAUAUCCUUGAGUGGCAAAGUUUUUGGGACUCUUACGAAUCUACAGUACAUUUGAAUCCAAACUUAACUGAAGUGCAGAAAUUUAGCUAUUUGAAGACACAGCUUGAAGGCAGUGCAGCCCAAGUUAUUCAAGGAUUUGCCCUUACACACGCAAACUACAUUCAAGCGAUUGAUUUGUUGAAAGAGAGAUUUGGACAGUCUCAUAAAAUAAUUCAUGCAUACAUACAAGCUUUGCUUAAUUUACCAGCCCCAAGUAAUACGCUUCAGAGCAUGAGGAAUUAA